UGUUCUUUACCGUUUAGGUAUACACCGGCAUUGAUUUUCUUAGUUCUAUCGUGUUUAUUUCAGAGCAGUAAAUCACCAGUGGCCUCUGAAGUUUUCACCUUAUAAAAAAUAAAAUGAAAAUUUGCAUUCUUUGUAUUAUUAAUUGAAAUUAAUAAAUUAAUUCGUAGAGUAAAAUGGAUUUCUUGCCGCAAUUAAAGAGUAUAACCUGGUGCAAACCCAAUUGGGCGUACCUUAGUGUGACAAAGGAAACCAAUGAAUUUCUGACCAAAUGUAAAGAAUUGCAGAAGCCAGAUCCCUUUGAUGAUGUUGAGGAAAUCAUUAAAAAGAGUGAUGCAUUCCCUAUAAAAUUUCCCAUAGAUACUGUGAGAUUAGUACAGUUAAAAUCAAAGAGACCAAUAGAGAGAUUGAAAAAAAAUAUUGUAUCAACAUACCCAUUAAUUCAUGAAAGAGUUUUAAUAUUAAUGACUCGCUUCCUCACAUACAAAAAGCAAUUUGGUUCAAACAUUGAAAAGGACUUUUAUAAAGAGAUGACUGUACAGCAAUUCAUUGAAAGAAUUUUGAAAAAACGCGCGGCCAGCUUCUACGGGCCGAGUGAUAAAUAUCUCCUGCUUACUGGUGAGACGGGAGCGAGCGGUUGGGAACUAGUAGGUAGUUCCGAACAAAAAGAACCCCUGUUGUUGGAGAAUUGCUUGAGUUACGAUGAACUAAAGCUAUCUGCUAUGGUCUAUGUGAGCGGAUACACCGACUGCAUCAAUGAUGGCAAUAGGAAGAACUCUGGUGUUGUGAAAGACGAUGACAUCGAAGAUAACGCUGUCAUCAUUGGUUUAAUUGGUCCGCGUGUUAAACGACGCGGCAAGAUGGAUCAUGAAGACAUCAUUGUGACUAGGGAUCAGAACAUUCAGGAGCACGGUUACGGGUUUGCGAACAAACCGCAUCAGCGGAACAAACUGUUGUGGAGGAGGAUGUGGUGCGAGUUCUAUGAGAACGAGAAUGUGACGUAUGAAAAGACGACGAUACUCAUCGAUAAACAAAACAAAUACGAAAGCAGGCCCUACAUAGAUCGAUACCAAUACAAAAAGAGAUAUAAGAAAGUUAUUUUUGACAACGAGUCGUAUUACAAGAGGAUAUGUGUUUUAGCUGAAAGCACGCUUUUGGAGGCUGAGUAUCGAGCGGUCGAGAGCGAAAAAUACGCUUUCGUAAAUGUAAUAGGAUGUGGUCUCGGAGUAUGGAUCAUGCUACCCCAUCAAGGGGACGUGUAUGUUCUCACUUUCUUGGAAAGAAUCCACAGUCUGCUUCAGGAAAACAUGUUGAACCACAUUUCAGACGUCAAUUUUGCUUACGUAAAUGUCAGUUCAGGAAUUGAAGGAUUAUUUACGGUAGAUACGGAACAUAAAGAAAUACCAUUGAGAAAGCUUUUCAUCGAGUACGAUGGACACCCUAAAGGUGGCAUUAACGUCCAGAUGCACAACAGAGAGCCUUCGUCCAAGCUGUCAGGUGAUCACGCUGGCAAACUGCUUGUCAUGACUUAUCCCUGGGACAGCAAUGCGCAUCCCGGAAACGAGUUCUGGUGCGGCCUUCUCGCUUCAACUGGCGACUCUGCGGCCGCUAGCUCCACCCAAAUAGCGGAGCUGCACAAUGCGCACAUAAACCCUGCAGUUAGUGCGGAUAAUGUCAGAGUUGUAGGCCGACACGGUCUCAAAACACUAUCCGAAUACUGCCACGAUCUAACUACAUCGAAUUGAAAGAGAUGGAAAAUAUCAAAAUGGAGAAACGAGUCUUGCUGGGCAAGGAAUAAUUGUUAAAAUUUAUAUUAAAAUAAAGAAUAUUUAAUGCA